AUGAUUUCUACCUGGCUAGAGAAACCAAAAUCGCCAUCUUUGUCUACACGGAGUUCUAACCAGGGCGUCGAAGAAAUCAUCUGUAACCUGAAUGAUGUAAAUAAGAAGCGGAUUAAGGACAGACACGAAUUGGCAGAAGCAAAGACGGAAAUAGAGAACCUGAAAGAGGAAUUGGAGGAACUUCGGAGGGAGGUAAGGACAGGAAAGAAGAAUGACAAGGAUGCUAGCCACUCAGGAAAGAGCACUCAUAAACAUGGGAAGGAAAACGAGAAUGCACGAAGUUCGACAAGAACUAGGGACGCUGAAGGAAUCGACGAACGCGAAACUGCCAUACGGAAGGGAAGCAAACUGCGGCGUUGGAAUGAGAAAAUUAAAAGAAGGUUAAAUCGAGAAUCGAAACACGAUCCUAUGUGGGAUGACCUUCGGGAAGAACUGUUAAGGGAUUGGCAAAAACUCUCUCGUUCACAGGUCAUUUCAGAGAAUGAAAUAAAGGACAUACUUCAGGAUGUGGAAGAAAUUUUUAUUAAUAGUGAACUUGAGGUGGAAAAGGAGGAAACAGAGGAGACUCCCGAAUGGGAACCAGACGAUGUACUGGAAAAUCCAGAAAUAAUCGAGGAAAUCAGAGAGAUCAUUGAGAAGAAGAAGGGAAACAAAUUGCGGCGUUGGAAUGAGAAAAUUAAAAGAAGGUUAAAUCGAGAAGAGAAACACGAUCCUCUGUGGGAUGACCUUCGGGAAGAACUGUUAAGGGAUUGGCAAAAAAACUCUCGUUCACAGGUCAUUUCAGAGGAUGAAAUAAAUGACAUACUUCAGGAUAUGGAAGAAAUGUUUAUCAAUAGUGAGCUUGAGGUGGAAAAGGAGGAAAUAGAAGGAGGGAGUCAGGAGGAAACAGAGGAGACUCCCGAAUGGGAACCAGACGAUGUACUGGAAAAUAUAGAGAUUAUCGAGGAAAUCAGAGAGAUCAUUAAGGAAGAGAAGGCUGAAAGGCGCUCUAAAAGAAGGUGGGAAAAGAACGCUUGGAAAUCCGUCAUCCGGGAACAUAUGAAGAGAAAGGCCAACGAAAGGGUCUAUAAAAAGCUGAUUAAGAGGCAAUUACGCUCUACACAACGGAAAGAAAAGGAGAGGAGAAAGGCUCUAAGGGGUGCUGAAAAAAGGUGGAUUAGCGCACUCAAGAGAAAUUUCACGAAGCGACUAGAGGAAAGGAAACAGAAAAGAAGAGACGACAGAUUGAGGAAACUGAAAGACUUGAUCGAUUUAGUCAAGCAAGAACGUAAGAUAAUGAAGUACAAACGCAGGGCUGAACAAGAAUGGCUAGAGAGAGAAGCCAGGUCUUUGGCACUGUAUGACUAUCAAGCGAGGAUGGAAGAACGAGAAAGAAAAAAGGAAGCAAAAAGAGCUUUCAAGCAAGAAUUGAAGGAAAGGAAGGCCAAAUUGAAGACUGAAGAGGAUAGGCUCAGAAAAACACGAGCCAAGUUAGAGGAAGAACACAAGAAGAGGAAAAAUAAAGAAAAGCUUGGAAAAAAGAGGCUAAUGAGCGCUUUAAAAGAUCUCAAGAGACGGAAAAGAGACCUGGGGAGAAAACGAAAACCCAAAGGGUCUGAAGUAGAAUUGCAAAUGCAUGAUUACAUUUGGUUCUUUUUGAGGAAUCCUGCAAUGAUCUCUUUGUAUUUGAGAAAUGGUCUGCUAGAGCGUAGGAAAAAGAGGAAAAGAGAUUCGAAGGCCACAGAUUCUCAAAAGGAGAUUUGGGUAUGGAAGAAGAAUUCAAGAGGAAAAUUUGAAUUCAUAGAAAAAAAGAGAAUAGACAGGACUGAAGGCAGGAGGACUGAAAGCAGUUUGGGGCUGAUGUGA